GUAAAACCCUGCUUGAUGAAUAGCUAUAAUAAUAAUAUAUUUUGAUUUCAUACUUCAUUUUUUUUUUUUAAAAAAAAAGGGAGAAAUGGGAGCAAAGCAAUCAAAGUCUUCAGAACCUAUUAUUUUUUAUAAUCAAAAUAGCAACCCUCUUCAAUUCAAUCAGGGAUUCAAUGAACCUGUAAUGGAAAAUAAAAAGGAGCCUGUUGUAUCUAAUGAAAAGAUUGAACAACUAGUUCGAGAGCGAGUGGUUCAAGAAUUACAACGUCUUAAAGAGCAACAGGAGCAAGUUAAUAAACGCUCAUAUGAUGAAUUAGCAAAAAAAAAUAUUGAAAAUGAUCAUAAUUCAAUUGCGAUGGCUGAAGACAUUGAAAAUAUGAUACAAAAAGUACAAAGGACUGCUCCAUCCGAUAUCCCCCCUACAGUGUCUAAACGUCAGGAAGCACUUAUUAUGUGUUAUAAAAAAAAUCAAACUAGACCUCUCGAUUGUUGGGAAGAAGUUGAACAGUUUAAAGAAGCUGUGGCUGCAGAACAAAAGAAGUUUGUCGCUGCACAUCAACGAUGAAUAAACCUCAGCCUUGUAUAGAAAUAUAUUAUUUAUUAUGCAUUAAUACAAUAAAAUAAAAUGAACAAAACACACCGAUGAUGUCAUAUGCAGUAUAAAAAUAUCAUUUAUACAACAAAGA